AGGGUUUUAAGGCAGGGGAAACGGUGUUGAAGUAGUCUAGUGUGUGGUGCGGGAAUAAUCACAAGCGAACCUGGGGGGCUUUGUGUUCACAUUGGCCUAAAAAAGGGAACCGGACCGCGAAAUUCAAGCAAACCGAACGUUCGAGAUGCUCUCAGUUUGGUUCGCUUCGGGGGCUAUUUUUGAAGGUUCUGAGUCCCUUUGUGGUGUUCACAAUGCACACACAAAAAUCUCAAGGGGACCAAGGGUGAAACCUUUAUGAAGUUUCCCAGUCAAUCACAUCAUGGCACUCAGGCGUUUCCAUGGCAGCCCAGGAUGUUAUAAGAGCCAGCCUGUACCCACGGACCCUGGUGAAGAGCAUGAGGAUAGAAUAAAGAAGGACAAGUCACUGAUCACUCACGAUGACCUGUUUGAGAGGGUGGCCAGGGAGGCCAAGACUAAGGCUACCUUCAACAGAGUGGUGGAUGUCUUCAGUAAGAGGGACAUACGGCGUCGGGGUCAUGUAGAGUUCAUAUACGCUGCCUUGAAGAAGAUGCCAGAGUUUGGUGUGGAACGGGACCUUACAGUCUACAACAAGCUGUUGGAUGUCUUUCCCAAGGAGGUGUUUGUCCCCAGGAAUUUUAUCCAGCGCAUGUUCAACCACUACCCCCGACAGCAGGAGUGUGGGGUGCAACUGCUGGAACAGAUGGAGAACUAUGGUAUCAUGCCAAAUGUCGAAAGUAAGGUCCUGAUCGUCCAGAUCUUCGGGGACAAGAGCCACCCGAUGAGGAAGUACCAGCGCAUCAUGUACUGGUUCCCCAAGUUCAAGCACGCCAACCCCUUCCCCGUCCCCCUGCAGCUCCCCGAGGAUCCUGUAGAUCUGGCCCGGCUCAGUCUCAACCGCAUCGCCAACGACCUGGACGCUAAGGUCACCGUCUACCAGAUGCCCUGCACCGACAUCUCUGAGUCCGGAGAGGAGAUCACCUUCCCACACGUCGUAGGGAUCCAGAGCCCAGACCAGAUGGAGCUGCUGGCUAAACAUAACCCCAACAGGCCUGUGUUUGUGGAGGGCCCCUUCCCCCUGUGGCUGAGGAAGAUCUGUGUCUACUACUACAUACUCAGGGCUGACCCACUGCCCCCCGAGGAGAAGGUGGAGGAGUCUUACGACCCUGAGAGGUGUUUCGACUACCCUCUCCAGCUGGACCUGGACUUGGACCGGGACAUGGGGGACGACGACAGCUUCGACGUGGAAGACGUGGACGAAGGGCCGGUGUUCGCCAUGUGUAUGACAAGCCAGGGGGAUCAGGCCACCCUGAACCAAUGGAUCUCAGGCCUGCAGGAGACCAACCCCACCCUGGGCCGCGUCCCUACCCUGUUCCGCCUGGAGGCCGGCCCCAGGGAGCUCCAGGGAGUGGCAGACCCCGGACCCGGGUACAGGGAGGAGGGCGAAGAGGAGGCAGAGACGGAUAUUGUCGUGGAGGAAGAGCGUCAGCGUAGCCAGGGAGUGAAGCAGUGACAGGACUAUGAUACAGCUCACUUCACUACCAGAGAUUACCUGGACAGCUAGCUUUCUGUCACAGCGCAUUUGUUAGAACACGGGAGUUCUUCUUGUCAGGUCACUUCUGGCCCUCAUCAUAACAUCUGGUAAUCAUAGGCUGUCUUCAAGUUAAAGUGGGUUUAAUACCUAAUUAUAAUGUACCCACCUAUAGUCAACUCAUUUAGGAUCUUUCAAGAAACCAAGCUUAAGUUAGCUAUUGAGAAAAUACUGUAGAUAAUAUGUACGGCUGUAACCCGAUGCCCUCAACUCAUUUGAUGUUUCUGUUAGAAUACCUUUGAUAAGACUCUUGAAGGAACUUUGAAUUCACACUGUGUCAAGACAUGCUCAAAUCAACACAAAACAAUAAAUGAAUUUAUUUCUA